CGCUCUUCUUCCUUAAUUAACUAAUCCUAGUCUGCAGCAUUAACCGCCGUUGGAUUCGAUUCCGGCAUGGCGGGAGUUUCCGGUUUCAAAUGCCCCUGCUUCCGGCCGCUGUCUUCCUCACUCUCCUACAGUUCCAGCCGUUUUCCUGCGCCGCAGCUCAGGAUUCCGCGCCGUCUCUCCACAUUCCCCAGAAUUUACGCAUUGACGAGCAACGAUAUUAAAGUCGGCCUCAACAUUGAAGUGGAUGGGAAUCCGUGGAAGGUUAUUGAGUUCCUCCAUGUUAAACCUGGAAAGGGGGCAGCAUUUGUAAGGACCACAUUGCGAAAUUAUGUGACUGGAAAUCAAGUUGAAAAAACUUUCAGAGCUGGAAGUAAGGAAGAGGCUGACAUAUCCAAAGAGACCAAGCCAUACACUUACAAAGAUGGUGCUCAGUAUGUUUUCAUGGAUUUGAAUACAUAUGAAGAAGCCCGUCUGAAUGCGGUAGAUGUUGGAGAUAAAGACAAGUGGUUGAAAGAAGGCAUGGACUGCAAUUUGUUAUUCUGGAACGGGAAGGUCAUUGAUUUUGAACUCCCCAUAACUGUGAAGUUAAACGUUACUGAAGUUGAUCCCGGUUUAAAGGGCGACACAGCUCAAGGAGGAUCAAAGCCUGCCACUGUCACUUUCUAA